AUGAGUUUAAUGAGAGCAGUAGGGUUUAACAGACCUCAGGUUGAGCGUUUCUUUGAAGGUCUUGAGACUUUGAUGCAAAAGUUUAAAUUCACUCCCUGUAAAAUAUCGAAUUGUGAUGAGCCUGGCGUCAGCAUUGUGCAAAAGCAUGCUAAAGUAAUAGCAACUAAAAACCAAAAACAAGUUGGGAAGCUUACGUCAGCAGAACGUGAAAAGAAUGUGAGUGUUUUUGCAAUGAGCGCUGGAGGUCAGUUCGUACCACCUUUCUUCGUAUUUCCACGGACCCGAAUGAAUGAAAGACUUAUGAUUAAUGCUCCAAAUGAGACUGUAGCUGAGAAUCCAGUGCUCUUGUUUCUGGAUGGACAUGCCAGUCAUAAAGACUUAGAUGUCAUUGAAUUUUCCAAGAAAAAUAAUAUGCACAUGCUGAGCACUCCACCUCACACUACCCACAAGUUAUAA